AUGGAUUAUGAAGAAAUAAUCAAUCCAGAAAUGUCCCAAGAAAUGAAAACCACCUUCUUCUUCUUCCUCUUCUUCCUCACCACUGUUUCAACAACUUCCCUCGUUCUUGAACUCGUUCCCGGAGUAACUUUCGGCCCCAAUUACACCUCACCGUCGCCAGUUGCACCCACACUCGAGUCAUGGAUUGCUGCCAACAUGAAAGAACUCCAAGAAAGGCAAGCCAACAACAUUGCCGAUGCCUUGUUCAACGGCACCGUUCUGGAUUACGUCCUAGUUAACGCCGAGGAAAGGGGUUUUAAACUGAUCAUCGUAAACAAAAACGGAACUGGAGACUUUGACAACGUGACCGCCGCCGUGGAUAGCAUCCCGUUAUGGAACAUGCAAAGGGUGGUGAUUUGGAUAGGCGGAGGCUACUACUUUGAGAAGAUCACCAUUAAUAGGACCAAGAACUUCGUGACCUUGUUUGGAGACCCUCUUGAUAUGCCAAAGAUAGUGUUUAAUGGUACGGCCGCGGAGUUCGGUACGUUGAAUAGUGCGACGGUGGCGGUGGACAGUGAUUACUUCGUGGCCGUUAACAUUGCCUUUAUGAAUUCAGCUCCGAUGCCGGACGGGCGGAAAGUGUUGGCGCAAGCUGUGGCUAUGAGAAUAUCGGGAAACAAAGCAGCCUUCCAUAACUGCAAGUUCAUAGGGUUCCAAGAUACAUUGUGCGACGAUAGAGGCAUGCAUUUCUUCAAAGACUGCUACAUUGAAGGCACCGUUGAUUUCAUCUUCGGAAAUGGCAAAUCUCUUUAUCUGAACACCACGAUUCAUUCCGUUGCCAAGUACCCCGGUGUGAUCACAGCACAAGCAAGAGAAAAGGUUGAAGACGACAGUGGAUUUACAUUCCUUUAUUGCAACAUUACUGGUUCGGGAAACGGCACAACGUACCUCGGUCGUGCAUGGAGGCAAAGACCGAGAGUUAUCUUUGCUUUCACUUACAUGGGCAACAUCGUACACAGCGAAGGCUGGUCUACUAAUAAGCACCCUGAGCGUAGCAAGACCGUGUAUUAUGGCGAAUACAGGUGCAUGGGGCCGGGGGCGAGUUCGACUGGUCGAGUUGGAUUUGCGAGAAUUUUGAGCGAGGUUGAAGCUAGACCUUUUUUGAGCUUAAAGUAUAUCAAUGGAAGCAAUUGGCUUCUACCGCCUCCUAAAUUGUGA